UUUGAGUUCAUUUGCUCGCUAGCUAGCGAAGAGAGCGGCGGAGGCGACAGGCGCAGGAGCGAAGCGCUCUGCAGAUGAUUCAAACGCACAGUUUUAGUGUAAAAUCAGUGUCAACUUUGUGAGGUGAGCUCGGUUAAUCAGCGAGGAUGUCGGCCCAGGCUCAGAUGAGAGCUCUGCUGGAUCAGCUGAUGGGAACGUCGAGGGAUGGUUCAGUGUAUGUUUGCCAGCCUACAUCUGCAAGGGAGUUGCAGAAAAGCCUCAUGUUCAUCGAGCCGUUUGGGCAAGAAAAGCUUUUCCCUUUAAACUUUUAGAGGCUGGGACCGCAGGAGGGGUUCUGAAUGGGAGAGACCUCGCAGUGUGUAUCUAUUAACCUUUCACUUUAGUUUUCUGUUUUGUUUCAACUUGGUCAACUUGUUCAACUUCUUGUAUUGGUUGCUUUUUAAUGUGCACGUUAGAUUAUUCAGCAUUUCAGUAUGUAUGCAUGAGGGAUUAUGCUCUUAGAGUACAAGACGACAAUCCCAUACACCCUUGCGCUCAAUUGGCAGGUCUGAAAACUGCAGACACAUCAUGAAAAGUAAGGCUGGGAGAUGAGUCGAGACAGCGGGUUAAAUUCACAGACGAGCGCGUCUGCAAAUCUCACCUACUCAACUGCUGCCCGCAUGACAUCCUCUCUGGAACGCGGAUGGACCUUGGCGAAUGCUCUAAGAUCCAUGACCUGGCGCUGAGGGCUGACUAUGAGAUCGCGUCUAAAGAGAGAGACUUGUUCUUUGAACUGGAUGCUGUGGAUCACCUAGAGUCCUUCAUUGCUGACUGUGACCGCAGGACUGAACUGGCCAAGAAGCGUCUCGCUGAGACUCAAGAGGAGAUCAGCGCUGAGGUGGCGCAAAAGGCAGAAAAGGUUCACGAGCUAAACGAGGAGAUCGGGAAGCUGCUCGCAAAGGCUGAGCAACUCGGCGCUGAGGGAAAUGUGGAUGAAGCGCAGGAGGUUCUGCAGGAGGUUGAGAAAGUCCGAUCUAGGAAGAAAGAUGCAGAGGAAGAGUACAGGAACUCUAUGCCCGCAUCUAGUUUCCAGCAGCAGAAGUUGCGUGUCUGUGAGGUUUGCUCCGCCUACUUGGGUCUCCAUGACAACGAUCGGCGUCUCGCUGACCACUUUGGUGGGAAACUACACCUGGGCUUCAUCCAGAUCAGAGAGAAGCUGGAGCAGCUGAAGAAAACCGUGCAGGACAAACAGGAGAGGAGAAACCAGGAGCGGCUGAAGAGAAGGGAAGAGCGGGAGAGAGAGGAGAGGAUGAAAAAGAGGACAAGAUCACGCAGUCGAGAUCGCAAGAGGUCUCGUUCCCGUGAGCGUGAUCGAGAGCGCAGACGCCGGCGUUCCCGCUCCGCUUCACGAGAGAAACGCCGUUCUCGCUCUAGAUCCAAAGAGCGUGACAGACGCCGACGACACCGAUCCCGAUCCAGAUCCCGCUCACGCCACAGCAGAGAACAGUCACACAAGUCUUCACGAGACCGUGAUCGCGAGAGGGACACCAAGCGCAGCUCAUCCGAGCGGAGAUCAGACGGGCUGAACGGCCGGACAGAAUCUCGUCGCCAUGACGACAGAGAGGCCGGAGAGAUCUGAAUCAUCUCACGUUACCAUAGCGAACACCCAGACCCAUACAUACAUGCAUAUCCCCACUUUUAUAUCCAUCAUGUUUGCCUCGUCCAUAGUAAACUGCCCACGUCCUCCUCCAUCACAGUCCUUGUAGUCUUUAAUAUCUCAGUCCAGUGAGCGCUGCACCCGUCUCAUCCACUGUGCUGAAAUGAAAGGUGUAGCUUUGAGUUCUGUUUAUUUCUUUUAAACAAACGUCUACUGCCGUUUUUUUUGCCCCGUCAUGAUGUCCGUCGCCGUUUACUUCUGGAAUGUAGAUUUGGUUUGUUCUGAGGGAAUGUGUGCAUGUUGUUUUUGUUCUGAAAGCUGUUCUGAGGUCAGUUUAAACGCCCCUUCCUUUAAAUCUAGCUCCAUUGUUUUCCCCAUAGAGAGAGAGAGAGAGAGCUGUAGGAGAUGACGAAAUCUGAACAAGCGUGUUCUUGAAGUGUUGCUUCAGAUUUAUUAUGUACAUGAUCUUUUAUAAUGCCGUUUUGAUUUCAUGUCCUCCUUAUUAAAGUGCAUUAAAUGGUUUUAUGAAUUGAA